AUGACGAACCCUUAUGAUCAACCCAGCCAAUACAUCUCUACCUCGACCAACUGGUUCAAUCCAAAUGGGGUAGCGCACUACACACGUCCUAUCCCCCAUCCUGACAUUUACCAAGCCACAAACAAUACCUUGAACAGGAUCAUAGCAGGCGACCCAACUCGAGUAGCUCAAGUCGAAGCCGCAGUCAAAGAAAAGCGUGCACGGGAAGAUGCCGUAACCCGACAGCGCGAAGCCGAAGAAGCUGCAGCCGCUAAACAGGCCCAAGAGAUACACAAAUGGCGUAACUACUGCAUCCAACGAUACGUAAACAGACAUGGAACCGUGGCAGAGAAGCAGGAGCAAGAAGAGCGUUUCAAAAAGCUUCAAGAAAUCUAUUCGCGAUUGGAGCAUAAGAUGGUACUUGCAGACUGCCACUUGGAGCUCAAGAAAUGGGGUCUGCAACCCAACGCCGCUAUGGACUCGAAAUCUACGUUCGACGCCUGGCAUUCUGUAGACAAGCCACGUCGCGCGCGACGUCAAGGCUGGGACCCACAGAUGAAGGGCGGCCGUCAAGCACCCCCACCCCCAUCUUCAUCUGCACUACGACCCGACGCCUGUUGCGAUUUCGAUUACUGCCAUGGAUUCUGCGCCAACAUCGGAACCCCUUGGUGCGAGUAUUCGUAG